GGCCUUGCCGGCCCGGAAGUGCGCCACGGGAACCAAGAUGGCGGACCUCGGUUCCCCUCAGAAGUUGUCAGGGAUGCCUCCGCCGCCUGAAGGGGUGGGAAGUGGCCGGUGCUCCGAAGUCUCCAUCGAGCUCAUUCGCUCCCUGACAGAGCUGCAGGAGCUGGAGGCUGUAUACGAACGGCUCUGCGGCGAGGAGAAAGUGGUAGAGAGAGAACUGGAUGCUCUUUUGGAACAACAAAACACCAUUGAAAGUAAGAUGGUCACUCUCCAUCGAAUGGGUCCCAACCUGCAGUUGAUUGAGGGAGAUGCAAAGCAGCUGGCUGGAAUGAUCACCUUUACCUGCAACCUAGCUGAGAAUGUAUCCAGCAAAGUCCGUCAGCUUGAUCUGGCCAAGAACCGCCUCUAUCAGGCCAUUCAAAGAGCUGAUGAUAUCUUGGAUCUGAAGUUCUGCAUGGAUGGAGUUCAGACUGCUUUGAGGAAUGAAGACUAUGAGCAGGCUGCAGCCCACAUUCACCGCUACUUGUGCUUGGACAAGUCAGUCAUUGAGCUCAGCCGACAGGGCAAAGAAGGGAGCAUGAUUGAUGCCAACCUGAAAUUGCUGCAGGAAGCUGAGCAGCGUCUCAAAGCCAUUGUAGCAGAGAAGUUUGCCAUCGCCACCAAAGAAGGGGAUCUGCCCCAAGUGGAGCGCUUCUUCAAGAUCUUCCCACUGCUGGGUCUGCAUGAGGAGGGCUUAAGCAAGUUCUCAGAAUACCUUUGCAAACAGGUGGCCAGUAAAGCUGAAGAGAAUCUGCUUUUAGUAUUAGGGACAGAUAUGAAUGAUCGAAGAGCUGCGGUCAUCUUUGCAGAUACACUCACUCUUCUGUUUGAGGGGAUUGCCCGAAUCGUGGAAACCCACCAGCCAAUAGUGGAGACCUAUUAUGGGCCAGGGAAACUUUAUACCCUGAUCAAAUAUCUACAGGUGGAAUGUGACAGACAAGUGGAGAAGGUGGUAGACAAGUUCAUCAAGCAAAGGGACUACCACCAGCAGUUCCGACAUGUCCAGAACAGCUUGAUGAGAAAUUCUACGACAGAAAAAAUCGAACCAAGGGAAUUGGACCCCAUCCUGACUGAGGUCACCCUGAUGAAUGCCCGCAGCGAGCUAUACUUACGCUUCCUCAGGAAAAGGAUCAGCUCUGAUUUUGAGGUGGGGGACUCCAUGGCCUCAGAAGAAGUAAAGCAAGAGCACCAGAAGUGUCUGGACAAACUCCUCAAUAACUGCCUAUUGAGCUGUACCAUGCAGGAGCUAAUUGGCUUUUAUAUUACCAUGGAGGAGUACUUCAUGAGGGAGACUGUCAAUAAGGCUGUGGCUCUGGACACCUACGAGAAGGGCCAGCUGACAUCCAGCAUGGUGGAUGAUGUCUUCUACAUUGUUAAGAAGUGCAUUGGGCGGGCUCUGUCCAGCUCUAGUAUCGACUGUCUCUGUGCCAUGAUAAACCUCGCCACCACAGAGCUGGAGUCUGACUUCAGGGAUGUUCUGUGCAACAAGCUGCGGAUGGGCUUCCCAGCCACCACCUUCCAGGACAUCCAGCGCGGCGUGACAAGUGCAGUGAAUAUCAUGCACAGCAGCCUCCAGCAGGGCAAAUUUGACACAAAAGGCAUCGAGAGCACUGACGAGGCCAAGCAGUCCUUCCUGGUAGGUACCCACAGACCAGCAACUGGGUCACCCAAUGGAUCCACGCUUACAAGGUCUUUGGAGAGUGACUGCACCAAGCUGUUCAGCCAAGGCAUUGGAGGGGAGCAGGCCCAGGCCAAAUUUGAGAGCUGCCUUUCUGACUUGGCUGCUGUUUCCAACAAAUUCCAAGACCUUUUGCAGGAAGGGCUGGCAGAACUCAACAGCACAGCAGUCAAGCCACAGGUGCAGCCUUGGAUCAACACCUUUCUCUCCGUCUCCCACAACAUCGAGGAGGAAGAAUUCAAUGACUAUGAAGCCAAUGACCCUUGGGUACAGCAGUUCAUUCUUAACCUGGAGCAGCAAAUGGCAGAGUUCAAGGCCAGCCUGUCUCCAAUCAUCUAUGAUAGCCUGACUGGCCUUAUGACCAACCUUGUUGCCGUCGAGUUGGAGAGAGUAGUGCUGAAAUCCACCUUCAACCGGUUGGGCGGUCUGCAGUUUGACAAGGAGCUGAGGUCACUUAUUGCCUACCUUACCACGGUGACCACCUGGACCAUCCGAGACAAGUUUGCUCGGCUCUCCCAAAUGGCCACAAUCCUCAAUCUGGAACGGGUCACCGAGAUCCUAGAUUACUGGGGUGCCAACUCUGGCCCAUUGACAUGGCGCCUCACCCCUGCUGAAGUACGCCAGGUGCUGGCUCUACGCAUAGACUUCCGCAGUGAGGACAUCAAGAGGCUGCGCCUGUAGCACCCAGGGUGAGCUCACCUGGCCCAUCACACUUCCAGGUUAUCCCUAAGUGGUCAUAGCCAAGUUGCUGAGCAAGACUGUCUGGCUUAAGGGAACUCUGACCACCCAGACUGUACCAUGGCUGGCAGCAAAGAAACAAGGCCUAGACUCACUCCUGCUCUACCCUCAGACCUAGCUAGGUGAUGCUUUAGGGGCAGCCUUUUCCCACCAAGAGAGAGGUGACAACAACUCAUUAGGUGGGAAAUUUUAGGCAGGCAGCAUGCACCCCAGGCCUACCUUUUGUAUGGCCCUCAAACACUACAACAUGCUGCCCCUGCCAGGCUUAGACUUGGGUACAUCUGGGGGCCUGGGAAUUAGGUUUGACUCUGAGGAAAGACUGUAAUGUUUAUGAUCCCUGAAUAAAGACAUUCAUGGAGAGAU